AUGGUGGCAAUGGUACAAGGACACAGAAUAUCGGCAAAAUCAGAGCCUGACCAACAUCCGACACCAUCAGGGUACAAGGACACAGAAUCAGCAAAGUCAGAGCCUGACCAACAUCCCACACCAUCAGGGUACAAGGACACAGAAUCAGCAAAGUCAGAGCCUGACCAACAUCCCACACCAUCAGGGUACAAUGACACAGAAUCAGCAAAGUCAGAGCCUGACCAACAUCCCACACCAUCAGGGUACAAGGACACAGAAUCAGCAAAGUCAGAGCCUGACCAACAUCCCACACCAUCAGGGUACAAUGACACAGAAUCAGCAAAGUCAGAGCCUGACCAACAUCCCACACCAUCAGGGGAAUACAAGGACACAGAAUCAGAGCCAGAGGAGCCUGACCAACAUCCCACACCAUCAGGGUACAAGGACACAGAAUCAGCAAAGUCAGAGCCUGACCAACAUCCCACACCAUCAGGGUACAAGGACACAGAAUCAGCAAAGUCAGAGCCUGACCAACAUCCCACACCAUCAGGAAUCAGCAAAGAGCCUGACCAACAUCCCACACCAUCAGGGUACAAGACACAGAAUCACAGCCUGACCAACAUCCCACACCAUCAUGACACAGAAUCAACAAAGUUGGAGCCUGACCAACAUCCAACACUACCAUCAAGGUACAAGGACACAGAAUCAAAGAGCCUGACCAACAUCCAACACCAUUAUCAAGGAGCCUGCAAACCAACAUACAAUGACACAGAAUCAGCAAAGUUGGAGCCUGACCAACAUCCCACACCAUCAGGGUACAAGGACACAGAAUCAGCAAAGUUGGAGCCUGACCAACAUCCCACACCAUCAGGGUACAAGGACACAGAAUCAGCAAAGUCAGAGCCUGACCAACAUCCCACACCAUCAGGGUACAAGGACACAGAAUCAGCAAAGUUGGAGCCUGACCAACAUCCCACACCAUCAGGGUACAAUGACACAGAAUCAGCUAAGUUGGAGCCCGACCAUCAGAUGUACUUCAUGAUACCUCACUUGACAAGAAUACACAUACUGCAAAGUCCCAGAGUGAAACCUUAA